CGGAUAUCGUUUGUAGGGGCACUGGAGAUUGACGUUUUUGUCUCUGGCCAAAUAACUUUGCUUGAUCCAUGAUACGAAAUGACGGCCGAGGUGUCCAUGGUGGUAAAAGAUGACAGCCGAUGGUACACGAUGCUAGGAGAUGAAAGAUUCUGUCCAGAAAUCCCUCGGUGAUCUCAAUCCUAGCUAGGUGAUGGACCAUAAUCAGCAGUCUGACCAACAGUGUUCAAUACAAGGCCACAAUUCCAUAGUUGCACGAUUUCACGGACGACACAGAAAUUCGUAUUAAAGCAAAUCAUCCCGUCGAGUCCUAUGAGUUGUUUGUUGAUAGUUUCGCUGCCCGCACCCACAAGGUAUACGUUCCGUCCUGUCAUUCCUGUAGACGUCUGCCUUUGCUUUCUCCAUCGUAAAGAUGUCUGCACCCCAUCUGUCUGCAGCGCUUAUCAGCUUACCUAUCUGAACUAACCAUCCUUCGUCUUUGCUUGUUGGUGGCGGGAAUUUUGAAAAGAUGCCUCACAGGACUUGUGCUGUUGUUGAUUGUGUGAAUAAUGCAAGACAACUGACUCUUUGGUGCUCACGUGUUUGCACUAUUCAUAACAGUAACUUUGGAAGUGAAGGAUGUACCUGUCCACCCCCCUUUCUAUUGUUUCCUUUUCCUUCCGAGAAAGAGAAACCAGAACUGUUCAGAUUGUGGGUAAAAAUGGUGAACAGAACUGAAGGUAAAGGUAAAAUAUGGUUACCGAAGAUAUCAUCCAGUAUUUGUUCUGACCAUUUCGGUGAUGGUGAACCAUCAGAAUCCAAUCCCUACCCGACUAAACGUUUAGGUUAUGAACUGAAAGCAUCUGAUAUUCCCCACAGACGGCCUGUGAGAAGGAAGUUGUUUGUGCCAAAGCGUACAGUGCCCAUUAGGCCGCUGAAAAAAGCAAAGUUGUCUGCCACCAUUUCAUCUGAUUCUGGGCAUCAUACAUCCCAGCUUCCUACAACAAACGAUGAGGAGCAAAAUGACUAUGAACACCAUGAUGACAUGCUUGAUUUUCCUGAUAUGCUUCCUCUUGCUCUUCCUCAAGAAACUGUUGAAAUUACUUGUAAUGAAAUGCAGACCUUGAAUCUUCCAUGUGUCUCGCCCCCUUUGGAUGAAGAUAAUGUAUUUCAUACGAGUUCUUCCUGUCAGAAUUGUGGUAUCAAAGAUGAAGAAAUUUCUAGAUUAAAGACCAAAAUAGACAAACUACAAAAACUGUUGGGAAAAAAUUGUAAAGCCAGUUCUGGUAGAUUUUCUCAUCUAAAUAUAAGUAAGGACAAAGACAUUCAGUUUUACACAGGCCUUCCUAAUAGGAAAUGUUUUGAUGAUUUGUAUCAGAUUUUGCAGCCAAAAGCAAGGAAACUUAGGUAUUGGCGUGGCCCAGCUGUUGUAUCCUCUAAGGUAAAGAGAAAAUUUUCCAUAUUCCCAAAGUCUCCCAGAAAAAGCAGCAAUGAGAGAAAACUUGUGUUAAAGGAUGAGUUUCUCUUGACCCCCGUGAGACUGAGAGUGGGCCUACUGGAGAAGGAUUUAGCACACAGGCUUGGAAUGUCCUUGGCAGGCGUGUCGCGAAUUCUGAUAACUUGGAUAAAAUUUCUUGCUCGUGAAUUGAAAGGCUUGAUUUUUGUCCCACCAGCUGAAGUAGUACAAGAACAUCGCCCUCCUGCUUUCAAAGAGUAUCCAAAGGUGAAACAUAUCAUAGAUUGUUCGGAAGUGUUCACAGAACAAUCAGAUGACCCUAUGAUACAGGCAGCUACUUGGUCAAGCUACAAACAUCACAAUACUGUGAAAUUUCUUGUGAGUAUCACACCAACAGGUUAUAUAUGUUUUAAAUCGCACCUAUGGGGAGGACGCACAAGUGACAGGCACUUGACUCAAAAUUGUGGUUUCCUUGAUAUACUAGAGCGGGAUGAAGAUGUGAUGGCCGACAGAGGCUUCACUAUUGAGGAAGACCUGGCACUUAGAUUCUGUAGACUCCACAUCCCCCCUGCAAAACAUGGCAAGGAACAAAUGACAAAGGCAGAAGUUAAGAAAACAAAGUCGAUAGCAAAUACCCGUAUAUUUGUAGAACAAGCAAUCAGACGAAUGAAAUAUUUUCGAAUUUUAAAAUAUGAAGUUCCUAUAUCAGUUGUUCCACAGUUAGAUGAUAUAACCACUAUUUGUGCUGCAUUGUGCAACUUGAGGGCACCACUAUGCUCAUAGAUUAAUUGGACAUGGACACUAAUUUGAUGUCACCAUACUUGUUGAGCUUUUAAGUAGCUUUGACUGUGCUAUUGAGCUAGUGCAACCCAAAUUGUCUAAUCAUGGUAAUUGAAAAUAAAAGGCCUACAACAGCCCUUGAAAUAAGGGACUACUUUCUCAAAAAUAUGUUGAAGCCAAAAAGACUAAGUUACUUAGUCUGGGCCAGGGGGGGGGGGGAUUUUUUGAAACAUUUU